AUGGAGGUGGAGGAGGAGGGAAAACGCUCUCCAAACUAUCGUGGGGAAGAGUGUGUCUCCGAGAUCCUCUUUGAUCGCGUAACUCUUGCGUUUCGCGACGAAACCGAACAUGAGCGGGACAGGCGUCUUCAACUGGCGGACACUGUCUUGAAGCAUCGAGCUGAGUUUGCCUUUGCUCAGCUUGAGAACGAGAGAGCUUUGACAUCUCUGCGUGACGAGUUAAGGGUAGCUCGUGUGGAUAUUGACCGGUCUCGGGAUGAGAUAACUGAUCUUCAGACCCUUGUUGAUAUCCACCGUCGGGAGCACAAGGCUCUCUGCGAGAUGCUUGAGCGCAAGGGCGUUCUUCAUCGGAAGAAACAUCGUAUUGAUGGUACGGCUUAA